AUGUUCUCCCCGUGUCUACAUGGGAUUGACAUCGCAGCGCUCUCUGAGACCUGUCUGGCUGGUGAAGGUCAGCUAAAGCAGGAAAAAGGCGGCUACACUUUCUUCUGGAAAGGAAAGCCUGCAAAUGAGCCACAAAUCCAUGGCAUGGGCUUUGCAAUUAAGAACAGCCUCAUCAACUACCUCUAUGAACUCCCUGUGGGCAUCAACGAGCGCCUGAUGACCAUACGCCUGAUGCUCGCCAGCAGUCAGAUGGCCACUGUUAUUAGUGUGUAUGCUCCAACACUUGAUGCACAGGAUAAAGUAAAGGAGGCCUUCUAUGCUGACCUGGAUAAAAUUCUAUCAGAAGUCCCUAAGGAGGACAAGUUAAUCCUGCUUGAAGAUUUCAACGCCAGAGUGGGACGAAACCACCACCUAUGGAAGGGCACGCUGGGGAGGGAAGGGGUUGGAAACUCAAACUCCAAUGGCAUACUACUGCUAACUAAGUGUUUAGAGCACAACCUGGUUAUCACUAACACACUUUUCCACCAGAAAACCAAGUCCAAAACAUCUUGGAUGCACUCUCGCUCCAAACUAUGGCAUCUCAUUGACUAUGUCAUUGUCCGCUCCAAAGACCGCCAUGAUGUCCUUAACACCAGAGCAAUGACCAGUGCAGAGCUGGACCGACCACCGCCUUAUUUGCUCCAUCAUGUUUACCCGCUUAAUGCGGAAAAGAAGGAUGCAGAGCCGACCAAACUUCCAGCUAGCUCCGUAAAGCGGAGACAUCAAGACUGGUACGAUGAGAAUGAUGCCGAGAUUCAACAGCUCAUUGACAUUAAGCGGCAGACUUUCAUCACGUGGCAAAAUAACAUCAACUGUAAGGUUAAAAGAGCAGCCCAUGCCAAAGUGAAGGCAGCCGUUCAGUGGUGGACAAAAAAGGUUCUGGAGAUCCAGCAGCUUGCUGAUUCUGGAGAUAUGAGAGGUUUCUUCGAUGCCACAAAAGCGGUAUAUGGCCCCAGCUACCGCUGCCUAACCCCCCUUCGCUCUAAAGAUGGGCUCAUGCUGCUGAAGGACAAGGUGGCAAUUGCCAACAGAUGGAAAGAGCACUAUAAGGAUCUGUUGAACAGGGACACCAUUCCUGAGAUGGAGGCUCUUGAACAACUCCCUCAACAGCCCAUAAUUGAAAACAUGGGAGAGCCACCCAGCCUGAAGGAGGUGCAGGAUGCCAUUGGGAAGAUGAGAAACAACAAGGCUGCCGGACCUGAUGGUAUCCCAGCAGAGGUCCUGAAGAAAGGCGGACCCGAUCUUCUUGAGCACAUCCAUGCCCUGCUUCUCAAAAUAUGGGAAGAAGAGAAAAUCCCUGCACGGCUUAGGGAUGCCUUAAUUGUCCCCAUCUUUAAGAAGGGAGAUAAAGCAGAUUGCGGGAAUUACCGUGGCAUUUCUAUCCUGUCCACCACAGGGAAAGCCCUAGCUCGGGUGUUAGCCAACAGACUCACCCCCCUGUCAGAAAGCAUCCUUCCUGAGUCUCAGAGUGGAUUUCGCCCACACAGAGGCACCACAGACAUGAUCUUCAUUGGGCGUCAACUGCAAGAAAAAUGCAGGGAACAAAACCAGCCACUAUACAUGGCCUUCAUAGACCUCACCAAAGCCUUCGACUCUGUGAACAGGCAGGCCCUCUGGCUGGUUCUGGCAAAGAUUGGCUGCCCAGAAAAAUACAUCCGUGUACUGAGAUUGCUGCAUGAUAAUAUGUCAGCCACGGUACUCCGUGGCAGUGGAGACAAAACCGAACCCUUCAGGGUUGACAUGGGAGUCAAACAGGGAUGUGUCAUCACCCCAACACUAUUCUUCAUCUCUGUUGCUGCUAUUCUCCAUCUCACAAGCAAGAACCUGCCCCAGGGAGUUAAAAUCAUGUACAGAACCGACGGUCAACUCUUCUACAUCAACCGAUUCAGGGCUAAAGGUCAAACCACCACCGUGUCCAUCAUGGAGCUGCAGUAUGCGGACGACAAUGCCCUUGUAGCCCUCUCGGAAGAGAACCUACAGGGUACUCUGUUUGCUUUUGCAAAAGCAUACAAACAGCUUGGGCUAGCGAUUAACAUAAGACAGACCCAAAUCUUCCAUCAACCUCCACCAAAUAGCAGUACGCCUGUCCUGCCCCCAAACAUAUCCAUUGAUAACAUCAGACUGGAAAACGUGGACCACUUCCCAUAUCUCGGCAGCCUCCUAUCAUCAAAAACUGUCAUUGAUGAUGAAAUAGACCACCGCCUCAGCUGUGCCAGUGGGGUUUUCUUAAGGCUAAGAAAAAGAGUCUUUGAGAACCGAGACCUCCAAGCAAAGACCAAAAUCUUGGUCUAUAAAGCAGUGGUGCUCCCCACUCUUCUGUAUGGGUCAGAGGCCUGGACCACAUACAGUAGGCACUUAAAAGCACUAGAGGCAUAUCAUCAACAAUGCCUCCGUAAAAUACUGAGGAUUAGCUGGGAGGAUCGACGCACUAACAACAGCAUCCUGGAGGAGGCGGAUAUUUCCACCAUCACUGCCACCAUUGCCCAAAACCAACUCAGGUGGACCGGUCAUGUUAUUCGCAUGCCUGACUCUCGCCUCCCAAAACAAGUCCUUUAUUCCCAACUAGCUGAAGGGAAACGGGCCCCAGGAGGCCAAAAAAAAGAGAUUUAA